UGCGUAACGUGACAUUCCAUUGAGAAGAAGAGGGAAAGAUGGCGUCCUCUAACAAUCCUCGCAAAUUUAGCGAAAAAAUCGCUUUGCAUAAUCAGAAACAGGCGGAGGAGACAGCGGCGUUUGAAGAAGUGAUGAAAGACUUGAACAUCACCAGGGCUGCACGGUUGCAGUUACAGAAGACCCAGUAUUUGCAACUAGGGCAGAAUCGUGGACAGUACUAUGGAGGCUCACUGCCCAAUGUCAAUCAGAUUGGAAAUGGCAACAUUGACCUGCCUUUUCAGAACUCGGUGCUGGAUACCAGUCGGACAACCAGACACCACGGGCUGGUGGAGCGGGUUUACCGCGAACGGAACCGCAUCACGUCUCCUCACCGCCGGCCCCUGUCGGUCGACAAACACGGACGCCAAAUUGACAGCUGUCCCUACAGCUCAGUUUACCUCUCCCCACCGCCAGACACUAGCUGGAGAAGGACAAACUCAGACUCUGCCUUACAUCAGAGCGCUAUGAAUCCGAAGCCCCAGGAGGUGUUUGCGGGAGGAUCACAGGAGCUGCAGCCCAAACGAGUACUGCUGCUAACAGUGCCUGGGACGGAGAAUUCAGAGUCAAACGCAGAGAAGGAUGCACAGAAACAAUUAUGGGAAGACAAAAAGGAGGAUUCGUCAAAGCCAAACACGUGUGAUGUCCCGGGAAUCAAUAUUUUCCCGUCUCCAGACCAGGAGUUGAACCCGUCCGUGCUCCCAGCUGCUCACAACACCGGAGGGUCGCUGCCUGAUCUGACCAACAUCCAGUUCCCUCCUCCGCUGUCCACCCCCCUGGACCCCGAGGACACCGUGGCCUUUCCCUCCCUCAGCUCCUCCAACAGCACAGGCAGCCUGACCACCAACCUCACCCACCUGGGCAUCAGCGCUGCCAGCCAUGGGAUCCCUCCCUCCCAGCCCACCAUGACUGUAACGGCACAGCGCCGGCAGCCCCCGGUGGUGCCCCUCACCCUGACCUCUGAUCUCCACCUACAACAGUCCCCUCAGCAGCUCUCACCCACCCUGACCUCCCCAGUCAACAUCACACAGGCCAUGCCAACAGAGUCCCUGACCCUGGAGCAGCAGCUGGCCCAGUACCCCCUGUUCAACCAGCUGACGGCUCAGGCCCAGGCUCAGCUGCUCAGCGACCUCCAGAAGCAGCAGCAGACUCUGCCUCAGGGCAUCCAGCUCAUCACCUUGCCAGCUCUGGCCUCCACUGGUACAGCCUCCGCCACCGCCAGCAGCCCCUCCCCCGACAGCCAGACCACCGCCAGCAUCAGCAUCGGCUCGUACCGCAAUCAGACUGGCUCACCAGCCACUCAGUCUCCAACCUCCCCAGUCUCCAAUCAAGGCUUCUCCCCCGGCGGCUCGCCUCAACACAUCCCCGUGGUCGGCAGCAUAUUCGGAGACUCGUUCUACGAUCAGCAGCUCGCAUCGCGGCAGACCAACGCUCUUUCACAUCAGCUGGAGCAGUUCAACAUGAUCGAGAACCCCAUCAGCUCCACCAGCCUUUACAACCAGUGCUCCACCCUCAACUACACACAGGCCGCCAUGAUGGGCCUCACCGGGAGCAGCCUACAAGACUCGCAGCAGCUCGGAUACAGUAGCCAUGGCAACAUCCCCAACAUCAUCCUAACAGUCACAGGUGAGUCUCCGCCCAGUCUUUCCAAAGAGCUCACCAACUCGCUGGCGGGCGUCGGCGACGUCAGCUUCGACGCGGACUCUCAGUUCCCGCUGGACGAGCUGAAGAUCGACCCCCUCACCCUGGACGGACUGCACAUGCUCAAUGACCCCGACAUGGUGCUCGCCGACCCGGCCACUGAGGACACGUUCAGGAUGGACAGGCUGUAGCGCGGAGGAGGCGCCGCGGCCCGGAGCCAGAAGGGAAAAAAUAAACCCCACGAACUUAUGAAUGGAGAGAAACAAAGGGCAGGAUGAACCCUCUCCCUCGUUGCAUGGCUGUCCAGCUGUCCGACCUCGCCCUCGACUCUGUGAAGCCCUUUGAAACGAUGCGCCACCAAAAGACAACAGGGAAAAAGACAUCCAGUGGCUUGCCAGGGAAUGGCCUUGCUGUCGUUGAAUGAGAUUGGUCGCUCAGCGCUUUCGCUAGCCUGCUGUGUUUACAGUGUACCAUUACAUGCCACAUAUAUUCCAAAACGCACAUUUGACAAUUUUGUUUUCAUAUCCACUUUAAAUUAGUUUUUGUUAUAUUUGCUCGUAGCAGGAAGCUGCUAGGACAUUGGGCUAAACCGUACCCAUUAGAACAGCUGUUUCUACAAAAAAAAAAAAACACGAAACACAGCUGCUUUGUCAAAUGAAUCGGUUUUCCCAUCAUGCCGUAACGGCUUUCUAUUUCACACUCAAAGCUUUAUUUUUGAGAACCAAAUGUUAUUUUCAUCAUGUACUGUAUGUUUUGAUGCUUAAUGUAUUUAUACGUUUUAUUUAUUUGGUUAAAGACUUUAUAUUCCAUUUCAUAAUUUAAAUUUGAUGCCAAAUGCUCUCUGUAGGCAUAGUGUAAAAUUGCACUGAUGUAAUUUGUGUCUAUUUAUUAAUUACUAACAUAUUUAUAUAUGUGUUCGUUAAGCUACUUGGUUAAUGAAGGAGUGCAAAACUUCCCCAUAGUUGCUCUGUGGUGUUCAAUGUGCCAUUCUCUGAAACAGGACGUCGUAGAUGUUGCCAUGUCGCGUCCCAGUGCAGUGGUCGAAUCUAUCAAAACGGUCUCGAUUUAAACAGUUCCAGCACCGGUCUGGAAAACGCCGCGUGCUCCAGAAAUGGGUUGGUUUUACGCCACUUGACUUAACUUUUUUCUGAGAAAAUUAUCAGGUAUUUCUAUUACACUAGAAAGUGAGAAAACCAUGUUCAAAUUCAUGUCCUGCCAUGAAAAGCCAAUACGUGCAGAUGGCGUUCACCUCCACCGAGGAAACCGUCUGUUUUUAAAACCAGAGAACACGAAAAAUCGUCAAUCUUUUUAAGUCGUCACUGUGAAAUCACCUGAUUUUGCCUUACAUGAGUAUUCUACUGUUAUGUGUCCAAUGUGACAGCGUAUUUUCGUAACUUAUUGUAACAUUUUCUUAAUGUUAACUCUUGGUCGGUGAGUCGUGGUUACGUUGUGUAAGGUUUGACAAAUCAAUGUACUGUAUUUUGUAGCGGUACAGUUUCUAGCCAAAUUGCUGUUUGUUGGUUUUGUUUUUGUUUUUUUUUUAAAGUCGGGCAAAAAACAAAACGAAGAAAAAAAAAUCGCAAGAAGGGUUGGAAGCGUUUGAGAAAGAGCGCAAUUAUGGGGAGGCUUUUUGCUCCUUGAUAGGGAAGCUCUAACAAAACUGCAGCCGACCUUUGCUCCAGGAAUCGACGAUCGCUCGAACAGAAUGGAAGCCUGUUGAAGAGUUUUCGUAAAAUUGCACAUUCAGAGAUAACAGACAGGAUACGGAUUGAUAUUUUUAUUGCAGAGCUCCAGAGCAGUUUUGUUAAAGAUACCAGAUGAUUGUUCUAACACUUGAAUUUUACAGAUGAUAUCGAAAUAUUUAUUUAUUUAUGUUUUUUUGAAAUAUUUAAGGCCAUUUCUUGGGCAAAAUCUGCUCAUUUUGAUUCAGUGUAAACAAUGGAAGUAGAUAUAUUCUAGAUAGAGUCUAAAAUAGUUUACAACAGAAGCGUUUACACAUGUUUUAUCUGAGAUGUCUAUACUGAUGGAUCACACACUACAUCCAUGACACAAUCCUUGAGGUUUUUUUUUUUUGUUGUUGUUUUUGUCGUUGUUCAGAUCCGGUGCAAAUCGAUCUGCUUCGGCCUUUGUCAGAGUUUCCCUGAGAGUCGUGUGACGGUCUGUGGGAUCAUGUUUGGUAUCUUCUGAUGUUUGUGUACAGACGUGCUAAAACAUUUACUUCACCUGUUGGGACACUUUUUAUUUAUUUCCUUUCCCUUUCACCCCUAAAAGGAAUCACAUUUGGUUUCAACUACACACCUCACUCAAACUGUUUCAUUGUGGACGUUUCUCCUGCAUCAGUGGUUUUGUUCUGCCUUCGACUGAUCUGUGAUUCCUAUGCAAAUGAAACAAACAAAAAAAACAACCUUCAAGGAGAAAUCCACCUUUGUUUCCUUCUUGUUUAGAGUUGAGCUGGAUUUACACUCGAUGUUCACUUUAAAAACUGAAAAAAAAAAAAAAAAAAUACAGGAAUUGGUGA